AUGUGCCCUUGUGAUAUUUGCUGGAUUGAAGUCGGCGAAGGCUGCGAAUGGACUUUACGGGUUCGCAUGCUUUACCCGGUUGAAGGAAUUUACCAACUUUCAGGGGUUGGAAUCUAUCACUUCGAUAUGUGGGAUGCCAGCCAUUACCUUGUCAAAGUUCCGACUAAAGGGGACAGCGACUGUGCUGAGCUGCUGACAUUUGAUAUCUCGAAAUUCAACUCCACGCGGCUGAGCAGGGAUACUUUUAUAUUUCAUGAUGCAUGCUGGAGGAUUAUCCAGACUUGCUUUGAGGAUGUCUCGAUACCUCUAGCACAGCUGGCGGUGGUUCUUUCAUUGGUGCCCAAAUUUGAAAAGGUAGAUGAGGACUGUGUCUACGGCGCAGAGGACCCGACCAAGCAUGUUGAUGCCGAGGAGAUUGUCCGUUUGGCAAAGAGACAACCAAAAAGUAUCUCUGCAGCUCCAAGGUCCAAGAUGAUUCUCCAUCAUCCAACACGCGAUACCUUUGCCAUUCUCCCUCCAGAAAUUACCUUUGAAAUCGCACGACACCUUGAAAUCAUCGAUUUCUAUAACGUGCGACUUGUCUCGCGAUGGAUGGGGCGGCUUUUUGAUGAACCAGCAUUUUGGGCAACCAGGUUUGAGGUGAACAGAGAGCGUGGUUUUCUCUCCUGCUUAUGGGCGAAGAGACCAAAAGAAUAUGCAAGAAAUGACUGGCGAAGUCUCUACACUUGCAGCUCACUGCCAAACCUCUGCGCGUCUCUCCAACGAAGAAAUCGCAUUUGGCGGAGAGGCCAGUGGAUCAAAGAUGUCAUCACCAUGAGAAUGCAGUCGGACCAAACCGAGGCCACCAGAGAAAGUGACAGUAACUUGGACUGGAGAGAGAUUCAAGCCCAUCUACGCUGCGACUCGGAUCUGCCUCUUCAUGAAUUUCCUUGCUAUGUAAGAGCUGUUCAAACCCAGAGCGCUCGCAUUCCACGGAAUCUUACCGCUAUUGUUGUUUCUUUCAUCAGAGAGGGCAGUAUGACAUAUGUCACCGGGCUGCAGCUGCUAUCAGAGCACGAAGUGAUUAGUCUGGGAUACAUCAGGUUGGGAAGUCCUAUAGUCCCUGUGUCCUCGGACUUUAGCGGGUUUGUGGUGGCUGUGGACAAAAGGGGCAUUCAUGCACUCCAAGCCAUCGCCAAUGGUGUCGCCUCGUCGUGGAUUGGGGAUAUGGAAGGACGAUGUGUAACCAGACGGCUUGCUCUACAGGAACCAAUCCAGGGGAUUGAAGUUUGCUGCGAUGUGAGUGCAAAUCCGGUCACUCCUCUUGGAGAAUGCUAUAUUAACAUGGAAGGGGCGGAGGAAUAUAAAAUAGUUCGCCUAGCGGUAGCCCAACAGACCCCAGAGAAAAAGAGGCAAUUGCGGGGGACGGUGAGGGACUCGAUGUUUCAAAAUGCAUUAUGGUUACCACUUCAUCCGCCGCAAGAUGUCUUCUUCAAUCCGGGGUCGUUCCUAGGCGGCGAUCUGCAAGUUCCAGGGUUCCGGCCACUCGCAUGGGCCAUGUUUGGCGGCAGAGAUGGGAGUGACCUAUGCUCCUUGACAGACAUCUCUAUAGGCACCACUCAAGACCGACUGAAACAAAUUCAAUUCUGGCACGAGAACGUGUGCCCAGGUCGAGAGAGCAUAUCUCUCGAACUUGGCAAGUUUCCAGAGAGAUGGUCGGACAGGUGUUGGGCGCAGCCCAACAUCUAUAAAAUCGAUGGGCCAGGAGGGGAGAGAAUCAGCGAAAUAGCCGCGGUAAUUGACAAGAGAGCCCACGACAUCAAAUCUCGCUAUUUCCCCGACGGAGUUCCGUUGUAUUAUCGGGCAUGUUUCCCCAACUUCCCCUCUGAUCUCUCCACCGUCAUGAACUAA